GACCUUUUGCAUCUCAUCACGACACCCAAAAAACUGGUCGCAGCAAGGCUCAGUCCUAUUCCCAGUCCCCAGCAUCGUCAUAACGGAUAGGCCACCCGUUAAUCAUCAUUUUCGAUAAUUCAUAAUUUGUCAAACGAAAGAAACACUAUAAUGUCUCUAUCCGCUUCCGAUAACAAUGGCUCCUAUUCCAGAGGUCCUUCCGGCAAGACGCCCCCGCCUGCUCCUUCUGCCGCCUACGCUAAGAGGGCAAGAGAGAUGCAAGUGGAAGGGUUAGGAGGAGCCAGGUACAGGCCUCCUGCGCUGCGCGCACCCAACGAGACCCAACCCAAUGACCUUCCCACCUCUGCUGGAGAUAGUGCAGGCGUUUCUCCUUUGUCCAGCUAUCCUCCAGGCUUUAGGAGAGCAAGAGCCGGCACGCUUCCUUCCAACGUGCAGCUCGCUGCUCAACGUUAUGCUGCCGCUUCGGACACGCUCGGCAGCACUCCUGGGUCAACGGAAUCGUUUGCUGAACAGUUGCAGCAGCGCCAGAGCGCUAAUAAUACACCAAGCAUGGUGGCACCCCCCCGCCCCAACCUUCGCCACUCAGCUACCACUGCCACUGCAACGUCUAUUGGUUCAGAGCGCCAUAGUCGUCUUAGAUCUGGUUCCCUCACGUUACCCGCGUCUGGUUUGAACAACAACCCAUUUGGCAAUUCAUUCUUUUCUUCCUCCUGGCUAUCAUCCAACGGGACUGGUUCUCAUUAUCCUGUGUUGGAUGAGCUUCGUUCGGUGACUUCAGCUGACUCCACCGAUGAUGUGCGCACUAUCGAUUACCUGGGACUAGAUGAUAGUCAUCGCGCUCCUCCGGCGGCGACCAUCUCUGAGUUGCGCUCUCAGGCUCAAGCUGCCAUAGCCGGCAAUCUCGCGAACCCUCCGCGUAUGCGUGCAACAACAGUCUCAAACCCAUAUCCCACGCGAAAUGCUCCGGGAUCGCUUCUCCCAACGCCCAGUGUCGAAGAUGACGACUCAAUGUACAACACUUACGACUCUCCUCAGGAUCUUUAUGAGAGACAACGCAUGAGCGGAUACGAUGGAUCAAUGAAUGAUGCAAACCUCCUUCGUACAUCUUAUGUUGCAAAGGGGUUUAAACAGUCCGAUCUCCUCAACCCUACCAGCGGUCUUGGAUCUCGUCCUCGGGCUAUCUCAGUUGGGACCCUUGAUGACCCUACCCGAUCACUUCAAUAUAGGAACCCCGACAUGACCACGCCGUACCUCCCUGACCUUGGACCGAGUACAGGUAAUCUGACGGGCAUGGGAAAUCUUGGUGGAAUUCCUAAGCCGGAGUCUAUUAGUCGGGCGUCAUCGUAUCUUGUAGCACCAAACCCGCAAGGCAGAGCGAUAUCACCUAAGACCGAGGGAAACAAUAACAACAACAAUUCUCAGCUUCAGACACCCACGCGUUCUUUGUGGAUCGGCAAUCUUGAUAGUGCUGUGACCAGUGAACAGCUCAUUCACGUGUUUGCCCCUUACGGUGCCAUUGAAAGUUUGAGGUUGCUUCCUGAGAAGGAGUGCGGUUUCGUCAACUUCGUCGAUCAGGCUGAUGCUAUCCGUGCCAAAGACGAUGUUUUGAACCGUCUAGGUGGUAAUAUUGGCAUGCCCAAUGGUCAGACUGUGCGCAUCGGGUUUGGCAAGGCAGACAGUGCUCCUGUUGCGCCUGCUAAAGGCUCGACGGUCAAUGCAUCCGGUGCUACGUCUCCUAGUGGUGCUACCACGAAAGCUUCUAGCCCUGGUAUCGCGGCCGGCAUGGAUGCCCAGCUUCAGUCAUCGCCCACACGUGCUCUCUGGAUUGGUUCUAUCCCGAGCACAACCACACCCGCCACCAUCCUUAGCGUCUUCAGUCCCUACGGCCCGAUCGAAUCUGCGAGGGUGCUCACUCACAAAAACUGUGGUUUUAUUAACUUUGAGCGUCUUGACGAUGCCGUUAGAGCCCGAAAAGCAUUGAAUGGUCGUGACGUGCUCGGGAGUGAUGUGGGAGCUAUUCGCAUUGGCUUUGCUAAAGUCCCUGUCAAGAACGGACAAGACAGUGCAUCGGGACAGGACGAAAGCCCUAGCGUUGCUGUUCAAGGCAUCGGCGAUCUUAGCGUUGGUGCUACGAUUCAUGCUCUUCGCAGUGUGAAAGGAGCUUCUACAAUCCCCGCUGAUCAGCAAGUCCUUGGAGGUGCAGUCGAGAACUACCGUUCCAACCUCCUCCUUAGCAUGAUUGGGUCUGGAAUGCACACCCUUGCGUAUGUCUCCGACGGCUUGUCUAAGCCCGCAGGAUGGACGCCUUCCGUGACGGAGCAGCAGAUGAUCAUGAAGGAGCUCACAAAGGGCAGCACCGACGCCGAUGCAGAUAUCCAGGCCCUCUCCGAAUUCCGUCCACCCACUAUGUACUAUACUACGAUCCCUCUCGUAUCUGAGCGACCGAACAACAGGCGCUGGGAUGCCUCCAAAUUGCGAGAACUGCGCAAGAGGCUUGACUCUGGUACCAUGACAACGGAGGAGACGGAUCAAGUUGCUGAAGACUUCCUGGACGGCGAGAUAGUUGACCUGGCGUCGGACUGGCUCGGCAACACGGUUGUGCAAAAACUCUUCGAGAAAUGCUCUUCUCAACCCAGGUUCAUGAUGCUAGAAAGGAUCGCUCCUCACUUGGCUAUGAUUGGUAUCCACAAGAAUGGUACAUGGGCGGCACAGAAGAUCAUUGAAUGCGUGCAGAGUGGCGAAGAGACUGGCCUUAUCGUGCAAAACCUGCGGGCAUAUGCCCCUCCCCUUUUGCUGGACCAGUUCGGCAACUAUGUCGUACAGUGCUGCCUGCGGUUUGGUCCUCCCCACAAUGAUUUUAUCUUCGACGCCAUGGUCGAUCGUAUGUGGGAGAUUGCCCAAGGAAGGUUUGGCGCCAGGAGUAUGAGGGCCUGUCUUGAGAGCCCUCAUAUCAGCCUGAGCCAGCAACGGCGCAUCGCCACGGCUGUCAUCCUCAAUUCCAUCCCACUCGCUACCAACCCCAACGGUGCGCUGUUGCUGACCUGGCUCCUUGACACUUCCAACUUCCCUUCGCGGUACAACCUCCUUGCCCCACGGUUCACUCCUCACCUGUCACACUUGUGCACACACAAGCUGGCGUCGCUCACCGUGCUGCGGAUCGUUAACCAGAAGGUUGAGCCUGAUGCCUCUCGCCAGAUCGUUCAGGCGCUGUUCUCCUCUCCUGGCGAUCACGUCCUAACCGAUGUCCUUGGUGACCAAGUCAACGGUGUCGCUGUUGUUCACAAGAUUCUCACGAGCCCCUUCCUCGAUGUUACGGAGAAGCCGAUAUACAUUGAUGCCACAAAACGUGUGCUCAUUGAACUCAAGGUCAUUGCUACACAGGCAUAUCGUCGUCUUAUUGAGGAAGUUGGUUUGCCGAUUCCGAACUACCAGCCAACGUACACCAACACGGGUCCGCCUAGUGGCAAGAAGAUUACGACGAGUAGUAACUCUGGCAUGCCCGGUCUCCCUUCGGGCUACCCGUCCAACGACCAAGGAUUGGCGUCUAUGAUGGCUGCGCUGCAGAUGGGCGGCCAGAACCCUCAGUCCGGUCCCCCCCAGUUGCAUAUUGACCCUGCCUAUAGCCAAAACCCACCCCGUCCAGGGCGCAUCUCCGGUCCCAGCUCUGCCUUCUCGCCUUCUUCUGACCCUUUCAACCCGUUCGCGCUUCGUUCACCGGAUAUUAGUAGUCCCCGCAUUACGACUGGCCGGAAUGGAGGUGGUCAUGCCUCAGCUGGACCUAUUCCUGGCCCGAUCGCUCACACUCCUGUCUCUGCCAUUCCUUACGGAGCGCAGUCUCCCAAUCUCGGCCCUCCCGCCAAUAUUAUGGGCAUGGGCCAACAUCAAUACAACCAUCAACCGGUUCAGCCGCAACUCUAUCAGCCAUAUAUGUAUCAUCAUCAAGUAUACCAACAGAACCCGCCGAAUAUGGGUCCCUACAGUUAAGCAACGUAACGAACCUGCCAUGCACAUGAACAUAUGAAACGCUGUUACGAAACGAGACAAUCUCAUUUUCUUCAUUUUCAUUUCUUCCCUCUUUACAGUUUCUCCGCUUGUUCAGCUGUUUAGGCUAUCAACACCGACAUAACGUCGCUCAAAAUCUGAUUUCCUGCUCCGGCCCCAUCAUCACUCAUUUUUGAUACCCAAAUCAAUGGUAGACUUAUCUGUUGCACGCAUUGGACCCACGACCUUCCGCCACCGAAAGGCGAGUGCAGGUAGCGCCGAUGUGGAGUGCCACUGUACAAUCCCCAUUUUACUUGCGUAUUGCUUGUUAUCUGAACGAGAAUCCUAUGUUGGUGUAUAGUACUUGCGUACGGAUGGCUGUACAAUAUGCUGGUCGCCUAUAGACAUUUCUUUCCAAUAUAUAUCAUUGC